AUGGCUAACGUCAAGGUGGCCGUGCGGGUCCGGCCUCUGAGCAAAAGAGAGAGUGCAGAAGGAGGAAGAGUGAUUGUAGAAGUUGAUGACAAAGUGGCAAAAGUGAGGAAUAUAAAGGUUGACAGUAGGCUUGAUAGCACUUGGGACUCGAGAGAAAAGAUUGUGGCCUUCAGCUUUGAUUACUGCUACUGGUCAGUUGAUCCCGAAGAUCCAAAGUAUGCAUCUCAGGAAAUGGUGUUCCAGGACCUUGGCACUUCUGUGUUGUCAGGUGCAUUUAGAGGAUACAACAUCUGCCUCUUUGCAUAUGGACAGACAGGUUCAGGAAAAACUUACACAAUGAUGGGAACACCUGCAUCCAUUGGGCUGACACCUCGUAUAUGUGAGGGCCUCUUUUCAAGGAAGGAUGAUUACUCAGACCAGACAGCAUCUUGCAGAGUAAAGGUCAGUUUUCUUGAAAUCUAUAAUGAGCGUGUCCGAGAUUUGUUAAAACAAUCAGACCGAAAGAAACCUUACACACUUCGAGUCCGAGAACACCCUGAAACAGGACCAUAUGUACAAGGAUUGACUCAACAUUUAGUUACAGACUACAAGCAAGUUGUAGAACUUCUAGAAGAAGGAAUAGCUAAAAGAAUCACAGCAGCUACACAUAUUCACAAUGCCAGCAGCAGAUCCCAUGCUAUCUUCACCAUCCACUAUACUCAGGCUAUAUUAGAAAACAAUCUCCCUUCUGAAAUUGCAAGCAAGAUCAAUUUAGUGGACCUUGCAGGCAGCGAAAGAGCUGAUCCCAGUUACUGUAAAGAUCGAAUUACCGAAGGUGCCAAUAUUAACAAGUCGUUAGUUACACUUGGAAUUGUCAUCUCCACUUUAGCACAAAAUUCGCAGAUGUUCAGCAGCUGCCAGAGCAUAAACACCAUAACUAGUGAGGGGGAGAGCAGUCAUGCGGACAGUCCUUCCACAGGCAGCAUCAGUGGGACCAGGCGACCGGCUUAUAUCCCGUACCGUGACUCCAUCCUCACCUGGCUUCUGAAGGACAGUCUGGGGGGCAACUCCAAGACCAUUAUGAUUGCUACUAUCUCUCCUGCCAGCUCCAGCUACAAUGAGACCAUGAGUACUUUGAGAUAUGCUUCAAAUGCCAAAAAUAUUAUUAACAAGCCUAGAGUGAAUGAGGAUGCAAAUGUAAAACUGAUCAGAGAACUGCGAGAAGAAAUUGAUAGGUUGAAAACUAUGCUGAUGAGCUUUGAACUGAGGAAUUCCAGUCCUUCUUGGAGUGAUGACAGGGAUGGAAUUCUGACCGAGCUGGUUCUUCAGAAUGAAAUGAAGAUUGAGCAGUUGACCAAAGACUGGACAAGUAAGUGGACAGACAGGAAAGCCAUUAUGGAAGAAUACAGUGUGGACAUCAACAAAGAAAAAGCUGGAGUAACAAUAGAUUCUAGUUUACCUCAUCUAAUGGCCAUGGAUGAUGAUAUCCUCAGCACAGGAGUGGUGCUGUAUCAUCUCAGGGAAGGAACAACCAAAAUUGGAAGAAGUGAUUCAGACCAAGAUCAAGACAUUGUUUUGCAGGGACGGUGGAUUGAAAGGGAUCAUUGUAUGAUAGACAACCACUGUGGGAUUGUGACACUGCGACCAGUUCAUGGCGCACACUGCACUGUGAAUGGAUGUGAAGUCACUGGAUCAUGUCGUCUGUCACAAGGUGCCCUUGUUGUCCUUGGCAAGUCUCAUAAGUUUAGAUUCAAUCACCCAGCAGAAGCUGCUAUCUUAAGACAAAGAAGAUCAAUUAAUGAAACCCCACCCAUUCUGAGUUGUGGAGCUUUGGACUGGCUCAACUUGGAUGGAAGUUGCACCCAUUCUCCUCACUAUAUCCUUUCUUCUCUUGACAAUCAAAAAUGUAGAAACUGUAAAGAAAACAAAUGUUCUCGUGAACUAAGCAGAGAAAUAAAUGCUGUGCAUGAAGAGUACAAGCAGAAACUGAGAGACCAGGAAGCCUUCCACAGAAAACAAAUUCAACGGCAGCAGCUCUAUGUUGAGGAUUUACAGCAGCAGAUCCUGAGAGGACAGAUCAAAGCAGAGCGGGAACUAGAAAAUGACCAAGCACUAAUUAACCAGCAGAUCCAAGAAAACCAGCAGUGGCUUAUAAAUGAGAAUAAACGACUGGCUGCCCUUCAGCAGCAGCAGAGGGAGUUUGCAGUGCAAACAGAGUCUAGGCUGUAUGCAGAGGCUGAGGUGCAGAGUACCAUUGGGCUAGAAAUCUGCCCUUCCCUGCUACAGCAGAACAAGAAGAGACUGGUGCAGCUGGAGCUCUUGCGAAAAUACUCCUUAAAAAAGGCAGAAAGAAACAUAAGACGGAAAAAGGUCAAAUUCCAGCUAGAAAGGAUAGUCAAGAAGCAGAAGUUACUGGAAGCCAAGCAAAACCUAGAGCAUCUGGAAGCUAGCUGCUGGCUCAAGGAAGAGUGUGUGAAACAAUCCAAAGUCCUAAAUGAAAAUACUGCUUUACUGUCCUCUUCGGAUCAACAAUUGCAAAAGAGAAGGAAGUCACUGGGUUCGAGUUCCUUGCAGCACAGGCAGCAUUCGUUCUAUAACCCACAUCUGCCCCAUGUACCCAGCUGUUUGUUGAAGAGGGAGACUGUCUCAAAGUUAUCUACCUCACCAAAUAUUGAUCAAUGCUGCGAAGGCAGUACAACAGGGAGGUUGUCAUCUGUGGAAUAUCUUUACAAAAGAGGUAAAGACGUUUCUGGGAGUGAUGACCUUAAUGAUGAAGAAGGAAUCUCCUUUUCAGUCCAGAGGCAGCUAAUUGAAAAACAAAGAACAUCUUCAUUUGGAAAAAAAAAAGGAGCAGAAAAAGACUCUAAUGAUUCAGCUAUCAUGGCUUAUAUCAAUAAAAAUGAUCAAAAAAUUGAAAGGUUGGAUGACAACCCAGGGCAAGCUGGAUCUCAAAACCACACCUCUAAAGGCUCCUCUCCUGAUCUUUUUAAGGACAAAGAUGAACCUGAAACCUUUAUUACAGGGACAAGAAUGACAAAAGCAAAGGUGCUAGGAGAUUUAAGUCAGCCUGCAAGUAGCAAUCUAGAACAAAAUAGAGCUCAGGUAUCCAAUAAGAAGACUCGAAUGGAUAUCAAUGGAAAAGGCCACAGGUCUUCUCCAGAAAACUUUCCUAAGGAAAUGAAGAAAACAGUGUAUGGAAACCCACCAUCAGUGCAUCUAAACCAAGCAGCCAAGAACUCAGCCUUGCCAAGUCAUGAGAAAUCAUCAGUGGAACAGCAAGAAUUUCUGAUGGUGGCAACAUCAGUAGGAAAUCUCACUAAGAUGAACACACAGGCACCACUCUCUUACGUUGAAAAAAAGUGGCACAGUGCUGAGAUGCUAAGUGCUGGAGUGUCCAAAACAGCCACAGAUGUGCUGGGGAACUGGCAAGAGGAUGAUGAAAAUGAGAUUUCUGAUACUGACAGUUCCUAUUCUGUAGAUUCUCUCUGCUGUGCUUAUGCAAAAGCUUUCACAGAGAAACUGAAACAAGAAGAUUUUGAGAGAAAUAAAUGUCCUGCCAAUGCAGAAGAUUCUGAGAGUGAUGACAGUCAAAUGUCACAAGACUCUCUGGUAGAAAAGGAAAAUAAAGCCAAAAAGCAAAAUAAAAGCCGAUUUCACAAGUCAAAGGCCCACCGUGAGCCAGUUAAGCUUUACAAAAGCAGAACUGAUCACCAUAUUUCAUCUUUGGUGACAUCAUACGCAUCUCGUAGGAGACUGGGAAAGCCUGAAAGAAGUUUUUCUCUGGACAGCUUAGCUGAUGGAGAAGAGAUGCCAGCAGAAGAUCCAGUAGAAGAAUCCAAAUCUGACUCAUCUGAUGAAGUGCCAGCAGAGAUUUUUUGGAAGUUACAAACUCCUAGAUCACCAGCUAUACAGACUGAGGAAGACCAUGAGUCCAAGACCUGCGACAGAGAUACAGAAGGGACAAAUUAUGAUCUGAAGCUGAGCAGUUCCUUUUAUUUGGACACUAAACCACAGCCUGCUUCCAGUAAUGCUUGCAAGCGGUUGCUGAAGGAGACAAAAGUCUCCUUUGUAGAACAGGAAAGGUCUCUUGAUGGAAGACUGUAUUACACAAGUGGAAAUCCUUUGCUUACUACUGAUGCUUGGUCUUCCUGUGACUCAAAGGCUGACAUCAGCAGCCCCAGAAUAACAGCACCUUCUUCCCAUGAAAAUUUGGAAUUUCAAGAAGCUCAACCGUGCUCUUUGAGCAAACCAGAGCUUUGGCUGAAGAAAGAUGAUCUAAAGCAGUCAGCUGCUGAAGUUUCUUUUGUUUCUGGCUCUAAGCAGAUACACAGUAUUACUCAUUUAUCACAUCGUAUAAAUGAAAUAAACACAGUUUUCUCCCCUGACACAUCAGAAGUACCUUUACCUGAAACAACAACAACUGCAAGCAGAGUUUCUGAGAGUGGAUCGUUAAAUAAGAUUCUUAAGGGAUGGACAAACUCUAAUGAAAAUUCCUCCUUGGAAUCUCAAGAUGUAACGUCCUCAUUUGUUAGCUCAGUAGGACCAAGCUCCUCUUUUGUUCCUGUUUCAGCAAAGCAUGAUUAUUAUGAACAUUCAAGGUCAAAUCAUCCUGAACAAGAACGACUGAAUGAAUUAUCUACUUAUAGGUCUACCACUGAAUGCACACAAACAUUCAGCUGUUUGGAAAGCACAUCCACCACAGACUGCUUGUCACUGGUGUCUGGGAAAGAGGAGGAGUCUCUCCCCACAACUCAUCCAGAGCUGCCAAAAGGUCACAAUCUGAAAAAAACACCUUUUAUUUCUGUGUUGCCUAUGCACAUUUUGGAGCAGAGAAAUGGCUGUGUAGAUGCAGCUUUAGAAGAUGAUUUCUUCAGAACUUUUGAAAAAGAUGACCUCGAUGAUGACUACAGUGACUUGAUGACAAAAUCAAGAAUGACAGAUUCAGGCAGCGGAAGUGCAUCUGCUGCUGAACCUGCUACAGGACUUGCUCAUAAUAUGACCUCAAGACAGACAUCCGCAGUAAAACAAGUCCAAUUUGGAAACCACAGGCAGCUUUUUCCAAGAAGGGAAAAACCAAUGUGUUGUGAUAAAGGUUUCUUUCUCAGUGACUUAACAAAUAAGAACUGCUCUCUAGUAAGCAGUUACGGGCUUCAGACAUUGGCUGGGCAAAGAGCAGAGUCAGCUGUUACAGUAGGUCUCCUCAGAUCUGGGGAGAGUAAUUUGGAAACAAUGCAAGAAACAGAUUAUGAACAAAUAUCUGCAGAAGAAGUAACAACAGAGGCAGAUUCCUCCUCACAGAAGACAACAUAUCGAUGUAACCCUUUAGUUGUUGCUCACAGCGCAAGUUACGACCAAUCUGCGACACCAAUAGAGAUGUCUCAAAAAGAGAUUAUCUGUAUGGAAACUAGCACAGAUAGCUUGGCAGAGAUUGCGCCAGAGGUGCCUUCAUUCAAAGACAGUGAAGAAUACAAACCAAAGGAUGAAGACUUGUCUUCACUGAAUCAUUAUGAAUUCAAAAGCAAACCUGUUUCAAAAAAUUAUUCCCAUGAAUGCGCUCUAGCAGACAGUCGGGCAAGUUGCUUAUCCCAACAAAUUUCAGAAAAUUCUACAUUAUGCGUUGAUAAUAUAAGAGAAGAAAGCAGUGAAAGCAAAGAGCACAAUGUCUUGAAUUCUCAGGCUGUAGUUCAGAAAGAAUUUUCACCCAAAUAUAAAAGCUUAGUUGUAAAUGAAGUAAGUUAUCUCAUAGUGAAUGUAAAUGGGAAAGACACUGAGUCUUUCCCUGCUGCUAUUUGUGAGAGUACAAAUGAUUUUCUCCCAGAAUCCAAUUCAAGCAUAUUUUACAAAGCCUCAACAAAAGCUAAUCUUUUUCAAAGUGCAUCUGAGACUGAAAAUUAUGAUAAACUAUUGGAGCAUGCCACAAUAGUGAAAGGAGAUUGUGAUGCUACAUCUAAUCUCACUGUGGAAGUCAGUGCCACAGGAAGCUGUUCUGAUGUAUGUUCUGGCUGCCUUUGCACAACAUGCUCUUCAAAAGCAAUAGGGCAGAAAAACAGCACGCAUAAGACGACUGAUAUUUCUGUGGAAUUUGAUGCAACCAUUCUCUUGGAAACAGAAACACAGAAAAAAUCUUUGCUUGAAUCAAGAGAAGAGAAAGAAGCCUUUUUGGAAAGUGAUUGCCUGGAGGAUAUCUUGCUUAUUGAAGAUGAUGUAGACUCAGAGUCGGGAAGAAUAUUUGAAUACAGUACAAAUACAUCAGCUACUGUUUCUCAAGAGGAGAGUCUGUAUAUAAAUAAAGAAUCCAAGUUUUUAAGAAACCCAGAAUCCCAUCUAGAAGAACCUAUGGUUCCUUGUCAGAAUACAAAAGGAAACACUGAUGAAGAAAUAACAAAAUUAAUCAGUAGUGCAAUCAACUUAGAAAAAAGUGCAUUGGAAAUUAAAUCCAGACAGAUUGAAAGUUUACCUGACUACCCAGGAGCCAAAGUCCAAAGCAUAACUGAAGACAGGAGUGGAGAGGAUUUUAAAGGCAUUAGUCUCUCUCAGAAUCCAAAGAACCCUAUUGAUAUUGUAGCUUGUGAAGUUCAGUGUGAGUUUUAUACGAAUCUGUGCCUGACACAUGAAAAGGUGGAGAAAGAUGAACUGCAGGUAGCUAGCCCUGGGGUAGAACAUACUCAGAAAUCAAAAGCAGUCAUGCAUUCUGGCAGCCGACUUGAAACAAGCAGCUCUUGCCAAAAAGAAAAAAGUGAGAAAAUAGAAAUAGGUGUUUAUUCACCAGAGUUUUCUGUUGCUCCCAAAACCACUCCUUCAGCUGUGUGUUCCCACACAACAGAUACUACUCAGAAUACUUCAGGCUUCCUUGAUACUUGUGAGGGGCUUUUACAGAUGAACAGAACAAUAGAAAAUGUGUUUAAUACAGAGGACAUAGCUGCAACGGUACUAAUCACAAGUAGGCAAGGAAAUAUUUUAGCAAAACCUGAAAAUGAAGGACAAGUAAAUUCUAGCAAUUUAAUUGAACAUUGUGUACAAAACUAUUUGCCCCAGGAAGACAAGGUUAAUGAAUGUGAAGUGACUGGGACUGAAGAACAAAUUAUCAUGACAAACACUGAGGGGCUGAUUAUUACGAGGCAAGAAGUCAUACGCUCAGAUGAAAAUGUUUUAUUUACUGAAGAGUCUCCAGCUCUACAUCAGAUGUAUUGUGACAGAGAUGACAAAGAGGAAAUUUUAAAUCAGUUUAAGAUCCCUGAAAGAUACCUGACAGCUUCAGGACUAGAACAGAAUAUACUAUUAGAUGAUUCAAGAUAUCACGAUCCUACUGAAAUGAGUGAAGAUGGUGGCUCAGUGGACUCUGUUACAGAUACAAGAAAGGCGGUCAUGAAAGAUAUCGAUGCAUGUGAAUAUUCAGUUGAUGAUAGUACAGGUAUUGACCAAUAUAGAAUUGAACAAGAAUUUAAAAGCCUCCAUAUUAAAGAGGACAGCCAUACGUAUAUGAGUUGCUCUAUGCGAUAUCCUGAGGAUGGCACUUCAGAAAACUUGAAUGUCAGUGUUGUUAGAAAAAGACCUGAUAUUUGUGAGUUGGAUCCAGCAGGCUCCAGAGUUGAGGAGGAGAAAGUGCAUUUGAUUAAUCUAGUACAAAUGGCCAAAACAGCCAAAGAAAAGGAGGUGUUUGUAGAAAACACAGAGGAGGUAGAACUGAUCAUUUUACAAAACCUGAAUGAUCUAUUCCCUGAAAACAAAGACAGCUGCCAAGUGACACAUGAUGACAGCAGACUCAACGAAUUCUUAAGAGAAAGCCAGUGGGUGUCUACCAGCUUUUCUAGAAAUAAUGAAGAUAGCAGCAAGCAACAAAAUCCACCAGCAACACUGAAGUCUACUGAAAAAAUUCAAAAAGUUUCACUUAAAGACUCCCCAUGCCAGUCUGUAAAUCACCUUUUAUAUCUUGGUGUAAGUGAUGAUUCCCAUCUUGUUCAAGAUGUUCCCACUGCAUUGAAAGGACAUACAAAACCAUCUAACAAUAGUGUUGGAACUGGAGCUGUCCUGCCUUACUAUGAAACAUUAAUGGAGAGUGAGGUCUGUGUCGGUACGCCUGUUACAGUCAACAAAAUGGGAGAAGAAAAAUAUCUUUCUGAUAAAAUGCAAAGUAAGAAUGUAGCUUUUCUGCAAACCAGAACCACACAGGACAGACAGGGGGAAGAAUCCUUUGUGUUUAACAAUGCACCUGAUUAUGCCGUAUCUGGGCAACCUGUCAAUGAGAAGAGCUCUUCCACUCCCUACAGUGCAGGCGGUCCUGAGUCUGAAACUGUUGUACUUCAGCAAGGGGCCAAAGGAAGCUCACUUUCCUUGGAAAAAUUAGAUUCUUCUGAAGAUAUAAUUCAGGAUGUUAACAACGCUCAUGAAGAACGCAGUGUGGAUUUAAUGGUUAAUAAACUAUCAGAAGACUGCCUUAAUUCCAUAGAAGAUACAGCUCAAGAGGAAAAGGGAGCCAUUGUGCCUGAUUCAUUGCUCUUGGAUAAUUCAGACCUGAUUUCUUCUUCAGAGAGAGAAGUGGUGGAAGAUAUAGGGGGUGGAAAAAAGCAUUCUUUACUAGAAAUCUCUUCACAAAAAAUGUUUCAUGAUAUUAAUACAACUCAGAAAGUACUUCACUCAGGGAGUUUAUCACAGCAUGAUGAGAAGGAGAAAUUUUUAAGCAGAAGCUAUACUACAACAAACAGUAAAAAUGAAAAUGCAAAGUUUCCUGGUGUAGCUGGAUAUCAGCAUGAGCCCAGAGAAAAUCAGGGACAUGGGACUUCUGAAGAGUGCUGCAUAGACCAACUGGGCAGCACUGUUUCUGAGAACACUUCAACCCUUUCGGAAGAGUUUCUAAAUUAUAAUAGGAACUCAGGCACUUCUGAAAGUUCUCCUGGUCUCCUGAAUCAUCCAGCAUCACCUGCAGAUGUUUUGAUUGCCAGCAAUGGAGACAAAGGUAAAAAUGAUGCUGUUCUCUCUGAAGAAACAAAAUACUUUGAAAGUGAAUCAACAGAUUUAACUGUAUCUGUAACUUUUCCUGAUGCUUCUCAAAAAGGAGAUGAAAGGAAAAAUAAUUCUGCAGUUGCAGAGGCCACAUAUGCUCAGAAUAAUAAACUCCCUGAAAAAGUUGCAGAAACAGAUCAAAAGGAGAAAAUAAUUCAAGGUUCUUUCCAGAAUUGCAAUGACAUAAAAGAAAAUAAAAUACCUGAGUACUCAGAACACUACAGUAACACUUCUAGUGUGACUAUACCAGAAUCAGGCUCGCUUACUUUUGAGAGCCGAGAACAGACUGGCAGUAAAGAAUCAAAGUCUCUUCUGUCCUACUUUGUAGAAGAUCCUCCAACUGAUACACCAUUUCAAAGCUCCAAGAACUUCAGUGCUUUUGACACUUCUUGUUUACUUGAUGAGUCAAAAUCUCUAAUAUUUAGUCAGCUUGAGGACUCACUUCAAGACACUUUUUUGACUAAGCAGGUGUCCUCCAGUUCUGCAGAUGUGUGCUCUGUAAAAGAAGGAGAUUUUCUCCAAGCAUUUGCAAGUGUCAGUCACCCAUCCUUAACACCAUUUUCAGAAUCUUCUUUAACUGCAGAUAUAGGCCAUGGUGAAACUAGCACAUACAAUAUUUCACAUACAAGUGUAUUGAAACAUUCUCCAUUUGCUGUUUUGCAAAUACAAGACACUCAGUCUGAUAAGGCUGUGGUAUUCGAUGAGCCGGUAUGUGCUUCAGGAAGUAUUUUACUUUCUCUUGCAAAAGAAAACAGGCAUUGUCCAGUAUCAGACACAGACUCUACUUCAUACAAAAAUUCUGCUGCAGAUAGGGAACCUGUAUAUGGAAGUAAGUGUAAAAUAUUUGACAAUGAUAUAAAAGUUGAUCAGCACCACUGGGGUAAAGUUCCACCACAAGAAGUUUGCACAGAACACAUAGAGAAAGUACUAAAUGAUAAUUCUCUUUUAUUACCAUCAUUACCUUUUUGGGAUACUGGAAAGGCAAUUCUUGUUAAAGAGGGACAAAGGAGAAAACAACUGAACAGAAAUGAGGAAGAACUGCAUUCAGAUACUGGGGCUGAACAUUUUGCAGUGAAGACAGAGCAGAGAAAAACAUUAAGUAGAGAACCUGUUGAAAAGCAAACUAAUGUAUCCUCAAAUUCUGCAAAUGAAUUAGCAGGCUCAGAAGUUACACUGUUGGAAAAUCUGUAUCCAGGAGAUGUUGAUGUGGAUCCUGAACACACCUGCAAUUCAUUUAGUCCAACAUAUCCCACAUACAGCAGAAGCACUGAUCCCAGACGACUAUAUCACAGUGUCCUGGGUUUUGAAAAAAACCCUGCAGAUCUGCAAGAUAAUUGUCAGUAUGUGCCUACAGGUGAACAGAUAGAACAGUUGCCAGACAGAACAAAUACAGAUGGUAGAACAGAGAUUUUACUUUGCAAAAAUAAUACAGGUUCAAGCGUUGAUAGCCCUGCUGAUGAUGCUGAUGCAGACAAUUGUUCAACAACAGGAGACGCUAUAAUAAGGAAUAAGACUCUGAGAUCAGAAAGACUGAAGUUUUCUGUAAUGAAUAAUGAAAGUACCUCUGUAAAGUUUUUACCAGAAAACCAUGAUUUGCCUCCUCAAGAAUCCAAAUUGGUGCAACUCAGGAGCAAAAGAUCAUAUUCUACUACACAGAAUACAAAGAGCUGUAAACAAAGUGAACAGAGACCUUAUUUACAAAGUCACAGACUAUCAGCCCCAGCUAUUGCUGUCUUCUCUGAUACAGAAUAUACUUUGGAAUCUUCAUCUAAGGCAGAUCCUUUGUUAUAUUCUGCAUCUAAAUCACUACAAGAUUUAAAUAUGAGUGUAGAGCCUCCAUCACCAACUGAAGAUGAUCUUUAUGGAAUUGAAAGAUUUUCAAAGCAGGAAUCAAAGAACUUUCUACAGGUUAAAUCUAAACCCAGAUUUCAGCAAAGAAUGGCACAAACUAAGAAGCUUGCAAACUGCGAUCCCCAAAAUUUACAAAAUUUUGCAGCAAGAACCCAAAGCAUCCAGUCUUUAAAAGACUGUACUAGUCAAUCUCCAUCAUCCUUACUGCACACAGCUCACAGUUCUGUGGGUGCAGAAGCAAAUGUCCAUUCAAAGACUAGUUCUGUAGCUCAGUGUAGUGAAGGGAAAGUUGAAGAAGCUGGAUACCAGCCAGAAACAGAUUUAUUUUUGCCAGACAAUAAAGAUACAAUGCAUUUUAGUUCAAGUGAUAUCAACCCAUAUAUUCAUCCAUGGCAAAAAGACGGAUUGUGCAAGGUUGGUUGGAAACAGUAUGUUUUUGGAAGUGCAAGUGAUGUCUCUUGCAAUCAAAUUCCUUUAAACCUGGAAAAUUGCAAAGUUAUGAGAUGUUCCAGUGUAGACAAUGGAUUGAAUUCUCAAAAUUCUCCUUUUCAUUCUCAUCUCAGUUCAUAUGCUACAGCAAAAGUUUUAUCGAGCACUUUAAGCAGCAUUGAAGGUCUUCAAGGAUGGGACAAUGUCAGACAAGACUUUCAAUCUGCAUACUCAAAUGACAGUACCAAGCAGUACAGCAACGUAUCCAGUGAAACAUUGAAAACUAAUCCAGAAAAUAACACUGCUGAAUUUGAAAAUCCUUCUGCACAACCUGGUAACUCUGCAGUGCAGGUUGAUGAAAUUGUACUAUUAUAUCCUUCCGAGUCUGAAAGGUCUUCCAAAAAACUACCAGGGAUUACACGUGAGCAGGGAACACAAACAGCAACUCCAGGAAGGUAUAAAAGGCAGAGAAGACAUCAGAGAAGCUAUACGGAUAUUUCUGCAAGAAAGCAGGAAACAAACAGAGAUUUAUUUCAACAACCUUCUUCUUGGACAAGCAUGCAGAACCUGUCCAUGCAUCUGUCGCAGCUUCUUCAGAACACUUCUGAGCUGUUGGGAAACCUCUCCCAACAGACUAUUCUAGAUAAUGAGCAGAAUGCCAAAAUGAACCAAAGAGGAACUGAAGAGGCUGUAAAGGCUACUAGAUCAGAUAGCUACACUCAGACUACAGCAGAUGUAGGCACUCAAACUGAGAUUUUGGAAGAACCUCAAAGCAAACAUGAAGAAAAACAAGUGGAAGCAAAAAUGGAAAACGAAUUGAGGGCAGCUCAGGCAGUAAAUGUUGAUUGGAAAGGAACAGGUGCAGAUGCAGCCGGCAAGAUUCCCAAAAGGAAAGAGGAAACACCCUUCCUUGAAGAAAGAACACAAGAACCAACAGGGAUGAGAAAUCUGGGCAAUCCUGACUUCCAUGACAGUCUUGACAGCAUUUUGGAAGACUCCUUUAUGCAUCUGCCUCUCUUACCCAGAACGUCCACUCCUAUCUUAGAUUUUCAGAAAACAUCAUUAAAUGCACAGCAGAAUGUUGCUUUUGCUAGCACCAGGGUUUCACCUGUCACAUCGUCUUCGCUGAGUUCAGGGCAAGAUGGUUCUUCAUGCACUGUAGUUAGCAGCCCUACUAAUAGCACCUCUCAAUCUCCAGCUUCUUACGCUCAGGAUAAAAAAAGUGUCAGUGAACUCGAGGUUCCAGCAGAAAGAAAAUUUUGUUACAAAAACACCCUGCUAGUCGAUAGGGCUUCUUCCCCUAUUCUUACUCUCAGUGCUAGUCCCAGAAGCCAGACUGCUUUCAGCAAGUCCGUCUGCCCUAUUAAGGAACCUCUUGGAUAUUCUGGUGAUGUUUCGAGUCCCCUUCACAACCAGAGAAAGCAGAGGGCAGGUCCACAGCCCAGCAUGCAACCUCAUGUGGACAAUUUUUCACAGACAGAAACAGACAGCGAAUCUAGCGCUUCUAGAGAACGUAAGGCCAUAAGAAAGAAAUCUGGAAGUUUCUCCAAUAAGAAAGCAGCCAAAGAGCUUUUAGGACAGGAUAGUUCAAAAGACUUGGAACAACAGCAUAGACUCAUGGUUGACACCCACACCACCUUUUGUGCAAAACGACUGUAUCACUCUAGUAGUAUGUUGGAGGUGUCGGGCCACAGGGAGGUUUUAACAGGUGAUCUCAGAGACUGCAGUCCACUGGCACGUUCACUUCGUUGUAUGUAUGUCACGAGGGGAGGAGGAGGAGGUUCUUCAGCUGGAAUUGGACAUGAAAAAUAUGUUGGUAAUUCUGAUACUGCUUUGAUUCAUAACUGCUCACCUCCAAAUGCUGACUUACUUUUUAAUCAAAAAAUUAGUGCCACUUGUUCAAGGAAGACAAAUGCUGGUGUGUCCUCAGAACCUCUGGUAGAAGCAUCUUCUCUACAAUUUCACGAUUUCUUCUGGAAAAAUGAAAACAGCUGCCCCCCUGCACUCUCUGAGGUGAGCGAUGUGCAAACUUCCUUCCAAGAUGACAAUACAGAUUCUGUCACUGAAAGUGAAUGUGACACUGAAAUUCCUCUCGUUAAAAAUACUACUUUUGCAAAGCCUUACAGGCCUCGGAGCUACAGUCUCCGUGACUUACCCAUACACAAUAAAUUUAGCAACUGGUGCGGUGUUAAGGGCAGCCCUCCUCCUUCGUUACUCAGCUUGAGUGGCAGUGUGACUGAUUUACGAAGUCAGGCAGAAAAGAAACCUAGAAGCACGCAAUCAACAGAGAUGGAAGGGAAAUCGCAGCUUUGUGACAGCAGGAGCAGAGAGAUCGAGAAGCUUCAGAGAGAGCGCGCUCAGAUCAUGUCUGGCAUUCACCUGGAUCUGCAUCAGCAUCCCCUCACUGUGGAACUGACUGAAGCAAAGCUCAACUACGGCAUCGGGGAGACGGACGCCCUGCUGAGGGUCCUUCAGAGCGGAACUGCAGAUGACCUGGCGGCGAUUCCAGUGAAGCAGCAACUUUAUGAAAGACACAUGAGGACUAUUGAAACUCUGAGGAAGGAAAGAGAAAAAAGGCUGCAAAGAUACCAAAGAAGCCAAAGUCUGAGUCCUCAAAAGCAUCUGAGUGUGUUGCAGACGCUGGAUGCAAGUCAGAGGGAUCUAGAUCUCCCCAGCAGACGCCGAGAAUAUCUGCAACAACUGAGAAGAGAUGUGGUGGAAAAUACCAGAGUUCAAGAACCAAAAAGAAGCACCAUUCAGCAUCCUUCAGACAUUGAACUGUUGCUCCAAGACUACCAGCGGGCACGAGAGGAAACCAAAACUGAAAUUGCACGAGCUAGGGACAAACUUCGGGAGAGAGCUGAGCAAGAAAAAAGGCGUAUACGGGAACAAAUAUUUUCUCAGUUACAGAAGGAAGAAGCAAGGCUGAAGACUCUUGCAAGUACAAGCACUUUGUGUACAGACUCCAGCCUCAGCCUCUCAUCUGGCCCAACAUCUGGUUACAACAGCGGUAAUACUGCUACAUAUACUGCAAGUAACCUCAGCAGCCAGGAAGGACAGGUUUCCUCUGGAAGUGUUUUGCUUUCAAGAGAUACACGAGGUCGUUCAGCUGUUAGAAACAGUCAGCUUUAUGCAUUAGAGCAACUACAGAAGGAUUCAACAUUUGAAGCCAGCAGAAUUCAGCCACCCCUUCCUUCUAGUAGCAUCAGCUGUAGGUUUACUCAUGGAUUAACUAUUUCUGUCAGUUCCUCUUCAACAAAAGGAUACCAGGAUUUAUCCAAACAUAUCCUGGCUAAUGCUACCACUGAGGUAAUGGCAGCAUGCUCUCAUAACCUGAGGAAUCUCUACACAUGCCAAGCAGCAGCUGGUUGGAAAUAUCAAUGUACAGAAAAAGAGGUGCUGGUUUACUACAAAGUCUUCCCUUCAGCAACAAGGCACGGGUUUCUGGGAGCAGGAGUGAUAGAGAGGCCUCUUCCCUACGUGUGGGGACUAGUGAGAGAUCCUGGCAAAAGGCAUCUGUACGACAGAACUAUCAACACAGCUCGAAUACACAAGAAGGUAACCAGCCAUAUUCAGCUGGUAUAUUUCGUGACCGAUACCUCUCUCUGUUACCUAAAGCAGCCCCGCGAUUUCUGCUGCAUUACUGUAGAAGCCAAAGAGGAGAACUUGUCUGUCUUGGCUAUUCAGUCUGUCUACGAUGCAUCCAUGCCUCACCCUUGUAAAGAAGUGGUGAGAGGGGAGAUUUUGCCAAGUGCUUGGAUACUGGAACCUGAUGUAGUGAAUGGAAGAGAUAUCACCAGAGUUAUUUACAUGGCACAGGUGGAUCUUGGUGCCCCGGCUAUCCCUGCGAGGCUCCUGAGCUCCAUUGCUAAGCGACAGCCUCUGGUGAUUGCUCGACUGGCACACUUUCUUGCUAGUUAG